AUGCUCAGCCUAUUGGCAAUGCUUUGGGGCUUACCAGCACUUGCCGCAAGUGCUCGAUGCAGAAAUGGUGGUGAAUGGGUAGCACAUGCGUGUACCAUGGAUGCACAGUGUGUGCCGUAUAAACCACGUCAGACUGAUCGAGUAGCCUGUAUUGGCUCGGAAUGCUGCACUGUUCCAUGCUCGAACAAUGGAUCGUAUAUUGGAAGAGCAUGUUUUGAAUCGAUCGACUGUUUACCGUACACGACGGAAAAAGUUGCUUGUUUGCAUGGGCUCUGUUGCACUGUAAGUUUUUCUUCAGGUCAAAUAAGAAGAAUGGAACGCACCAAGAUUGCCGGUGCGAUCAUGCGUUUUUGCGUAAUUUCGUGCAGCAGCAAUUCCAUUAACAAUAACCAUUUGCUGUAGUA